AUGGAACAUGUACAUUUGAGCUUGACUCGCGCAGCGAGAAGCACCUGGCAAGGGCCAGAUCUGCCUGCCUGCCGUGCCGCGCCAGGAAAAUCCGCUGCACUGGCAAAGGACCUCCGUGUGAAUCAUGUACUCUCCGUGGAAUUGAAAUCCGAUAUUCCCGCCGAGUCAUCCUGGAAUGCAGUUCUAGAGAAAGUCCCAGUCCAACAGGCUGAGAGCCCCAUCCGUGAAGAGUCCGACAGUAGUCCGUCAUCCUACACCUCCACUUUUGCUGCUCGUGAUACGAGACGAGCAUGCCACGAUGAGUCAAAGGGAGUUACCACACCCCUUUCCAAAACCAGCAGCCUGACUGCCCUGUCGGAGCUGGGCGGAACUCCAAGCCCAAAUGUCAGCAGUUCCGACAAUGCUGUUGACGCAUCAUUCACUGGCAAGGUGAAUUCAUAUGAGAAACUCCUUGACGUCCUCCCAAACCGUGACAUGAUUGACCACCUGAUAGAAAGAUACUUUACAUCUAUUUCCAUGCUAUUUUGUGUCAUCGACGCCGCCAGCUUCGAAGCUCAGUAUGAGGAAUUCUGCCGGAAUCUUAAUGUCGCGCCGCAAUCCUGGCUAUCCUUGCUUUUUGCAAUUCUAGCACUAGCCUGCCGUGCGGAAGAAGAUUCUAGAAGAGGCUGUUUCCCUGAUAAUCUGUCGAGGCGGUGCGAGGAAGCUGCCUGGCACUGUCUGUUGACCAACCACCCGCCAUUUGAAACAUCACGGAGUUCACUGAAAGCGAUGGUACUCGUAAUCUAUGGUCGCACACACCGUGGAGAGGAUGUAUUCAGUGAUCUGCAACUGGCCUGCCAUGCGGCAAUUUCUACCAAAUGUCAUGUGGAUACCGGGCAGUGUGUGGUCCAGCCCAAUGUUUGCGAGGAAUACCGAUGUAUUCUGGUUAGCCUGAAAGCCCUGUUUAUGCUCAACGCUCAGAUGCACGACUACUACCGCAACCCAGAACUCACCCAAGGUAUACAGCUACUAACUGAUAUCUGCAAAGAGUAUCCUGAACAUUCAAGCCUAUCAACAGGUGCCGCAGAAUUAUCUCCCACGCAGAUGACGUUUACCAUGUUGAAUUCUCAACUGUUGGAGAUAUCAAACACGAUCUGUGUGAGCGCAGAGCGUGGUUUGAUGUCAGAGUGUACCCUCGCUGUCCUUGAGACUGAGCUAGACCGUAUGGAGAAAGCCUGCAGCGAGCUUUACACCAAGCUCGGUGGGCCUGGUUCGCAGUCAAUCUCUCAUCAAGGCGGCUAUGUUAUACUGCACUGCUAUAUCAACUAUCUGCUUCAUCUUCUCUUCUUGCCUUAUCUUCAGCGACACCUAGACGGGGAGACGACACCAGAAAUAAGAUUAUCUGCAUUGAAAUGUAUUGCUUUUGCAAAGGCUACGUUGCGAGCAUUCAAUCUUUUGGCUGAGAGCAUGCAGUUCAAAUCAUAUGCUUGGUAUAUGCGAGGUCUCGGAAGCUACUAUGCUGAACAAUCAGCAUAUACUCUCAUCGGAGGCGCUGCAGGGCUCCAGGGAGGAAAGGAAGACCAAGAGAUCAAGUCUUUACUAAAACAGGAGCGUUUAUUCUCGAAUACCGAUGAUUGA